UGCAGAUGAUCUGGCGAUGGGGUGCAGUUCUCCAACGUCCAAAUGAGCUUUUCAGCUGUGUAGAGUUGUUUAUAUAACUGUUGAUAUAUUAUUCGAAUCUCGUAUUUCUCGGUUAGGUACCUAGAGAAUCACAUCCAGCCGAAUAACAUCGCUGCGACUUUCGACACUAAGUUCAUUAUCGCCCCAGCAAUCACCCUUCAGAGUAUAUAGGAAUAUGGACAUCACCGGAAAUGCCUUUGUAACUGGAGGAGCAAGCGGAAUCGGGAAGGCCUGCUGUAUAGUUCUGGCGAAAGAGGGUGCUAAGGGCAUCCUCGUGGCGGACAUCAACCUCAAGGCCGCCGAGGAAACCGUCGCAGAAGCUACUGCCGCCGCUACUAAUCCGAGUUUCCGAGCCGAAGCAAUCCACCUUGACGUCUCGGACGAAGAGUCCGUGAAAAAGUCAGUUGCCAGAAUGAUCGAGUCCUUCGGGCGUAUUGACUACUGCGUCCACUGUGCAGGGAUCGGGAUAUCGAAAUCUCGACGACUGGACGAGGCCACCUUCGACGACCUCAAGCGGUCCCUCGCCGUCCACGUCCACGGGACCUAUCUCAUAACCAGCCUGAUCUCGGCGGCCAUGAAGACCCAGGACCUGGCCGCCGUCGACCCGGCGCGUCCAGAGCGCGGGGGAACCCGCGGGUCCAUCGUGAUCAUCGGCUCGUACUCCUCCCUGUUCCCGAUACGGGGCUUGGCGCCGUACACGGCGGCAAAGCAUGCCGUGAUGGGAAUCGCCAACACAGCUGCCCUCGAGAGCGCGAUCCACAAUAUCAGUGUGAACUGCGUCUGCCCCGGCUGGACCGACACGCCGAUGCUGCAUCACACGUUUGGCGUGUACGAGGGGAUGACCACCGACUCGCUCCUGAAGACUGUCCCGAUCAACCGGCUCUGCUCGCCGUAUGAUAUUGCCGACGCCGUGCUUUUCUUAUGCAGUCCGCGGUCGUCUUAUGUUACGGGCCUUUCCUACCUUGUGGAUGGGGGUAUGGCGCUUGGUAUGAAGACAUGAGCUGUCUGUUUUCUGGUCCGGAAUUAAGGUAUGCUUAUGGGAUUUAAAGGAACGUGGGAGGUACCUAAUGUAUCAUAUGUAAUGGAGGACACACGGAAUAAUACUUCUGAUAGCUAUGACAAUAAUGAAGUAAAAUCUUUUGUUUUUCUUUAUUUUAGU